GCCAGAUUUCACUUGAAUGAUCCAGACAAGGCGAUAAGCAGACAUGGUCAUUAAAGAUGAGCCCAGCACAAGAAAUGCAUCACUCUGUGUUGCAACUUCCAUUGCUCCAGUUGCUCUUUUCUUUUGUGGUGUUGUUGUCUCCAAAGAAAAGUACCUUCCCAAAAAAGAAAAAAAAUAACUCCCGCGUUUUUAAAUUGGGCGGCGCGUUUCUCAAACUUGCGUCUAUAAAAUGCGUUCCGAACCUGAAAUCACAGUUGUAAUUCGGUGAACGCGCUAGAUAAAUUACGCGAGAAGAGAGACAUGGCUUUUUAUUUUCCUUGAGAAUCUUAAGAGUCGAUUUUUGCAGUAGAAGAGUGCUUUUCUUUUACUGGUUGAGAAAAUGUCUUCGAGUGGAAAAAGGAAAGGCGAGGAAGUCAGAGCAUCAGACAACGACGACGAAUCUGAGACCCACGCGCCGCCUAAGAAAGUGGCAAAGCCAGCGGACGAGACUGAGGACAUCUUCAUCUGCAAUUUAGAUAAGAAUCGGAGAGUCUUUGUGAGGAAUUGCAACGGCAGGAUUUGGAUUGCCAUUCGUCAGUUCUUUGUCAAGGACGGUAUAACUUUACCUUGUAAUAGCAAGCACGGUAAAUUUUUCUAUAUGCCUAUAUUAGUUUGCUUUCUUUGGAUAAUCAUGUUGACAAGAUUUUUGAUGUCUGCUAUAUUUUGCAGGUAUCUCUCUAAGCCUGGAACAGUGGAACGAUCUUCGGAACCAUGAGGAGGAUAUCGAUAAGGCCCUCUCUGACCUUUCUGAGGUUUAAAAGCUUGUAUAAUCGGGUAGUAAGUCUAAUGGAAGAUAUGGCUUAGGUUGUUUUGGUUUGUUUUUCAGAACAACACCAUGUUCUGCAAGUGUUAGCUGCUUCAAGUUAGUCGAUGUAUCGAAUCUAUCACUUUUGCUUUAGACAAGAUUUGGUUGGCAUAAAGAAUGAUUGAUUACUC